AUGAGCAACCAAGGACCACCACCACAAACACUCACCCUCCGCCGGAUAAACUCAAUAGCCACCUCAUUUGUUAUCCCCACAAAGCUCUCCCUCCACACCUCCAGUCUCCCUCCAUCACACUUAGACGGCACCCUUCCUUCUCACCUUGACAUCUCCCUACCCCGCCUAAAAUCCUCUUUAUCCUACACUUCUAUCAAAGACCUUCUCCCUUCUGCCACCGUUAACUCCCCAACAUCGGCUACUUCCAACACCACUUCCACCUAUGAAAUUCCCAUCCGCAACCGCCUUGUUAAGCAAGCUGCCUGGGCUUACCUCCAGCCCAUGUCCUCCUCUCCUGAUUCCUCUGGCACCCACUUCCUCCGCCGUCUCUGGCUUCGCUUAUCCGCCAAGAAUCCAAUCACUGCUUGUUUUGGGUUCAUCAGCGUUUGUGUCAUUCCGAGCAUAACUAAUGCUUUUGAUCGGAUCCUCCGUGCCAUUCGAGUCCACUUCAACAAAUAA